GUCUCCAUCUGCCCCUGUGUGUGACGUCAGGCGGCUGGAUUGUUUGUUUACUAGGCAGACGAUACAAUCGUGCCUCGCUGCGAUUGGCUGAAGGCCCGCUCGUCAAACGCGUGGCCCAAUAGGACACAUCCAACCCGCCCCUUUUCACAGGAAUGUCCCGGAUGUCCGUCGUGAAGAAUAGCUGGGCUGCUUCACGUGUAUGAAACAAAACACACACACACACACACACGGUCAGUUGACAUGUCUGCGGUGUAACGGAGACAGCGAAGCACCAGCUGCUCCUCCUCUUCAUCACCGGCUCCGACAAACACGGGCAACGUCUCCGGGACAUUCGCGAACAUCCAGUGGACGCCGUCUGGUGAGACAUGGCAGAGGGCGACUUUGACCCAUGUGAGUGCAUCUGCACACAGGAGUACGCUAUGAGACGUCUCAUCAAUCUGCUGAGGCAAUCUCAGUCGUACUGCACAGACACUGAAUGUCCUCAGGAAUUGCCAAGUCCCAGUGGGCCGCUCGGAGGAGGAGGAGGUGACCUGAUCCUCCCCAUGGUCCUGAUGGGAUGGGUGGUCGUGGCUCUGGUCCUGUUCCUGCUGCGUCCAUCUAGUCUUAGGGGACCACGUUCCACAGGCAAACCCACUGGACCCCACAAUAGAGAUGGAAGGGAGCCCCCAGCACCUCCCAUUGACUAGCAGUGGAGCCAGACAACCAUGACUCCUCCACCUGCUCUGACUGGAAGUGCACAGUUAUCUACUAACUGUGACCAAGACAGCGCCAUCUCCCUGUCCCUUCAUACAGAUAUCUUUAGCCUUUUUUUCUAACUGCUCAGCGUUGUUGGGUAAAUCUGUCUUUGAUUCUUGUUAGUAGAUCCCGACUGAUACUGGGUUGAUAAAGCAUUUGAUGAUAUAAUGAUCAAUAUUCAAUUCUUACUCAAUAACACAAUAUGAACGAUUGUGACAGUUAUGUUUCAGCUUUGGUCUUUUUUUUAAAACGUCAUAGAAACUUUCAUAAUAACCAAAAAUAUAUAAUCUCAUUAAAAAAAACUUAAAUUGAAAGAAAGUUAGUUUUGCAUAUCUUCUGACAUAUGUCAAUAUAACGUACCUGUUAUUAGCCAGAUUAAACUGAUAAUAUUGGUCAACAAUAUCAGCAUGUUUAUGAAUCAGUUGGGUUCUACAUUGUACCUCAAUAUAUCUUUAAUCAGGAGGUGUGGUGGACUUCUGUGUCAAUCCCUGAUCUCAGACUGAUCCUCAAAAAACUGAGAUGUGAGAUGGAGGAAUGUGUCCCACGGGUUGGGGUUGAAGAGGGAGGUAGCAGUGUAUUUUUGGUGGUCGGUUAAAUUGAUGUUUAGCUGAGUUAUGAAGGGUCACGGGUCCUUUACAUUCUCUGAAACAUUCCUCUAAUUCCACUUGAAAGUCUCUGCACAGUGCCAGUAAUGAUGUCAUAUCACAUUUCACAGCACAUUCAAACCAGCACAACAAGUAACUCUUGGUCAGGAUGUAGUUUUAAAAUAACAUUACAUAUUGAUUUUAAUGCAACACGUUCUUUUGUGUUUACAUCCAGUUUACAAGAUCACCUGUGCCAGCAAAUAGUCAGAUUGCUUACAUACUAUUAACUAUUUCCAAUAGAGUCUGUCCCAUAAACUGAUGUUAAACAAUCAGUGUCAUCACCUAUUAAUGUUAUGUCUUUACAAAUCCAGCAGAGCAACACUGAAUUUCAUUUUAAGUCAUGUUUGCUACAAAUUCCAAUAUCCACUCUUCUUUAAGCUCUGAUUUUGGUCUCUACCACCUCUUGGGGGAAAUAUCUUUCUCUUCAGCUGGUAAAUGAUCCUCUGUGUUCACCACCUAUCCUCCAUCUGUGUCAGUCUGCCAUUAUGUGCCGAGCAGGUAGUGCAGGGUGGGAUUUAUGUGCUUUUUCUCUGAAAAUAGCAGACUGCUGCAGGUGAAAACGCUAUGAGAGCGAUCAGAGUGAACCAAAACAGUAAAGUUUUCAACCAAACAGCUAAAAAGUUAAACUCUUUAAAUUCAAAGGGAGCUGUAGAUUCGGGGGAUAAUUCUGUGUAUAUUCGUCACUACAACAAACCCCUCAUAGUCUUCACGUUUCCAUUUGAUACAUUUUUAUCAUAGAAACACUACAGCCACUUUAAGUACGCACUUCCCUUUCACACUCAUUUUCAGGCAAACAGGGUUUAAUAGGUCUGGUAAUUGUAACACAAAAAUCAGCACAAGCAAAAUCAGUUUUAAUCAUGAAGAUGAUCUGUGUACUAGAAUAAUUUUGUUGAUAAAUGAAGAAAAUGAUUAUUGUAUACUGACGUAUUAGUAUUAGCCGUCAAGAAUCACUUUUAUUAGCACUUUUGCUGCGGUAUCUUGAUUUUGAAGGUGUAUUGAAAGAUGAGGUUGUCUAAACAAACAUGUUGUCCGUGUUGGGACGAGGGCCUGUUCUUCUUCUUAGCAGUGAGUGAUUACUGGGAGCAAUCUGUAGUUUAUACUUCACAGCUUCUGUAUCAUAAAUAUAUGUCAAACCAGUGAAAAGGUGCAAUAUCAAACUGUGCCAAUGUCAUGUCGUGCUCAUCUUAGAGAACAGCUUUUUGUGACAGGACAAUAAUAUUUUAGGUCAGAUUUAUUUUAGAUUUAUGUCGGGGACAAUGAAAUCAUCUGCAGUUAGAUUUUCUGUGACCUUUUCUGGUUUUUAGCAUGGUUUAUGUUACAGGGCUAUUUUUCUUACAUCUGUAAAUCUUGUUCUAAAGCUGCUCUGCUAAAUUAGUUAUUGAUUUUACAUCUAAAUUACUUUAAUGGAGGUGUUUCAGUCAAAGGUGAAGUGAACAGAAUAAUAGAAACCCCUUAAUGCACCAACACACUCAUACAUGUGUAUGUAAAUGUGGGUGGAUGUGUAUAACAGUGCAACAGCAACACAAACUGAAGCCUCAAAGUUUGGGGCUUUGAAACAAUCUUAAAACAGAUUUUCAGUUUUUUUUCUCACUGCCUGUAUUAUGUGAAGGUCUGUUAUGCCCCAGUCACGGGAACAUUGUUGAUAUUGUGUAUCUCGGUCUUACUCUCCAUCAUAUGAUAUCAGAAAUUAGUCUCUUUUGAAUCUGGCCAUGAACUGGAACAACUGUGGGAUCCCAACUUUCUUCAGUGGCUGGCUACUUUUCAUUUUCAAAUCAAUUUCUUUUGUUUUUUGAUACAUAUUUCUAGACUUUUGGGCUUUCUUUCUAGACUCAGAUAUGACAGGGAGGAGAUAGAGGGAACAUCUUGGACAAACCACAAGUAGUCAUAAAUACAGAAAGGGGAAGCCCAUGGGGAAGUAAAUGGUUGAGAUGAACACCUGGACGAUCUGGUAUCAGAGGAGAUCUUGAUUUACACUGUUAACCUUGAAGAGUAAAAGGGCUUCAACUAUGCACUUUUCCUAUAACAAAACAAAAAAAUAAAAUGAAAAAUCAGUCUGA